AGUUGCGAUUUAUACGGGUUUCGAAAUCGAUGCCUGAGCUUCAUUUCUUCCCUCCGACCCAACUAUUUGCUCAUUUAACAAAUCAUUAAAACAAGUGAAACUCUUUCAAACUCUUUUCCUCAACUAAUUUUUUACAUGAAUACCAUUUGAUAAGAGGAAAAAUAAGGUGAGAAUAAUUCUUAAUUAAAUUUAACGAUCGGCCUAUUGACUGAAUACAAUCGGACGAUAAUUCUCUCUUGUUGCUGAGCGGGGGCGUUAGUGAAGCGUGUUGCAGUUAGUUAGUGGCCUUUUGCAGUUGCAAAUUUUUUGCUGUAGCGACAACAGAAAUAUAUUUUACAACUCAGGAUACGUAUAUGCUUUAUACAGAAGAAAAAAAAAAUGCAACAAUAUUUUAUUGAACGUAGUUAAAGUGUCUGCGGUCAAUACAAUCGCAUGAAUGGUUUAUCCUGUAAGCUCGGAAUUCAUUUGAAAAGUUAAUGCGAAUGGACGGUGAUAAAGAGGAAAAUGUGACGCCGAAAACGACUCUUAUUAAACAUAGACCGAAUCAAGAGGGCUCCACAAUCAUGCAGAUAGAUAGUGCUGAAGAGGGUAUAACGGCACAGGAAACGUCUCCAAUUAAAUUUUCUCAUAAACAGGAAGAUGAAGAACAAGAUGAGAAGUUACUAGGAUGCGAACAAGAAAAUAAGGAAACGCCUAAAUCAACUUUCGUUAAAUAUAGACCUAACAUUGAUGGCCCAACCAUAACAUUUGUUGUAACACCGGUUGAUGAAGAUCAAAUAGAUACUACUAACGAAGAUGUCCAAAGCAGAGUGGAUGGUGAUGUUCAUCUAAAAGUACCAGAGAGAGUAGCUUCUGAUUCCGAUUCGACCUAUGGUGAUACAUUUACAUCGCAGACGUCUAUUACGCGUCUCCUGGCGCAAAAAUUCAAAGAAUAUAAAGCGGUGAGAUUCUCUGAAGCUAGCAGAGAGCAGAGAAAGAGGAGUCUAGAGCCUGGGCCGAGAAGGAGAUUAAUAUCAAAAUACGAAAGUCAAGACUAUGAUCCAUGCGAAAAUGCAUUAUUCUUAAAAGAACACGAGAAAGAAAAAGCCCUGAAAAUCCAACGUAAAUGGCUGGCCCGUUGGGUGGUGAUGAUGCUGAUUGGCGUUGGGACGGCGGCUGUAGCAACUGUUAUUGAAGUCUCUAUCGAACUAUGUGCCAAGUACAAGUUUUAUACUCUUACAGAACUAACCAAGAUGUGCAAAGAAGACGAAUUAUGUCUAAUUAUACCGCUAGUCGUCUGGAUGCUCAUUAAUUCGGUGCUAGUUUGUCUUGGUUGUUUACUAGUCACGAAAUUGGAACCUCAGGCAGCUGGUUCUGGGAUACCGCAAAUUAAAUGCUACUUGAAUGGCGUAAAAAUUCCUGGAUUACUAACGUUGAAAGCUCUUCUUGCCAAGGUUUUCGGUGUUAUUUUAUCUGUGAGUGGAGGUUUAGUUUGCGGUAAGGAAGGCCCCAUGAUUCAUUCAGGAGCGAUUGUUGCUGCCGGAGUAUCUCAAGGUCGAAGUAGGGUAUUCAAUAAAGAUUUUCGAAUUUUUGAAUACCUUAGGUCCGAUACUGAACGGCGAGAUUUUGUUAGCGGUGGGGCAGCCGCCGGGGUAGCAGCGGCUUUUGGGGCUCCGGUUGGUGGUGUUCUUUUCAGCUUGGAAGAAGGAGCGAGCUUCUGGAAUCAAUUGCUAACUUGGCGUAUCGUUUUCGCCUCUAUGACUGCUACAUUUGUGGUCAACGUCGUUUUAUCGGCAGUUCAUGGACAUCCAGCCGAUAUGAGUAAUCCUGGUUUGAUCUCGUUUGGUAAAUUUACGGAUAUAAGAUACCGAGUUAUAGAAAUACCAAUUUUUUUGCUUAUGGGAGCUUUAGGGGGUUUACUGGGAGCUGGGUUUUGUUCAAUAAAUGCAAAAUUAAUUCUUUUUCGUAAGAAAAACAUAAGAACAACAACUGCAAAAGUUUUAGAAGCAGUAAUAGUUGCAGCCUUAUCAGCUGUAUCCUCUUUUGUUUGUAUGUACGUAAUAUCGGAUUGUGCCAAGAACGAAGUUCAAGGAGAACACCGCAGUGGCAGGUUAAAGUUUACUUGUCCCGACGGGGAGCAUAACAUGCUGGCUUCUAUCUUUUUUAAGACACCGGAGGAGGCACUUGUCGAUAUGCUUCACGACAAAACUGACGCCUACUCCGUUAGGAGUUUAAUAGUUUUCGUUCCACUCUAUUUACUGCUUAUGUGUUGGACGUGUGGAUUAAGCGUUAGUACAGGAUUUUUUAUACCUUCUCUGCUAAUCGGAGCCGCAUGGGGGAGACUUGUCGGCGUUUUUAUUCAUCGUUACGUUCCCUGGGUGCAUACUGAUCAAAGUUUGGGAAUAUAUGCAUUAGUUGGUGCAGCAUCUCAGCUAGGAGGAACUGUUCGAAUGACUAUUUCGUUAACUGUUAUGCUAAUAGAAUGUACGGGAGAUGUAACUUUUGGUUUACCUGUUGUAAUGGUUCUUAUAGUUGCAAAAUGGGUAGGGGAUUUAUUUAAUGGAGGAUUAUAUGAAUUGCAAAUACAAAUGAUGGGAAUACCUUUAUUACCUUGGGAGCCUCCGGAAAUGUCUUACGACAUUACAGCGCAAAAUGUUAUGAAUAAGCCUGUUGCCGUUUUUAGGACAACUGAAACAGUUGAUCGUAUUGUACAAGUGAUGGAAAGCUUCCCUCAUUCAGGAUUUCCCGUUGUGGAACAUUAUCAACCUGGUAAUAUCGAUUCUUCAACAGAAACAUUUGGUAGAUGCAAAGGACUAAUUCUAAAAUCGCAAUUGUUACUAUUGCUCAAACGGAAAUGUUUUAAACCUCGUUGCGGAUCGGCAAACUUAAAUAAUUCCAACAGUGACUCAAUUCGGUUGGAAGAUUUUAGAGACGCUUAUCCUAAACAUAUGGGACUUUUAGAGGUUGACCUCACCGAAGAUGAACGAAAAUGUAUAUUAGACGUUAGACCUUAUAUGAAUCCGUCUCCGUAUACUGUUACUCAAAAUACAUCCCUACCGAGAAUGUUUCGACUGUUCAGAGGAUUGGGAUUAAGACACUUGAUUGUUGUCAAUGAUCGUAAUGAGGUUGUCGGAAUGGUUACGAGAAAAGAUUUAGCAAAAUAUAAAUUGAAGUCACGAGGUGUAAACGUUGAACUGCAGAAAAUGCAUAUUCAUUGGGAAUGA